GCACAUCUGAGCCUAUUGUGAUUAUAACAAGUGGUAUCAGAGCCCCUUGGAGCUGUCUCGACCAUGCCUAGACCUGAGGAAGGGGGUGGCAGAGGUGCUGGAGGCAGAGAAGACGCCCAAGCACAAGGUCAACACCAAGAUCCACCCAUGGCUCCCGUGCAACCUAGCCUUGGCCCCUCUAGGGAUGAGCCUAGAGUGUUUGGCCUUGACAAGUUCAACGGUGACAACUUUGCUGAGUGGUCCUUCAAGAUGGAGAACAUCUUUGACCACUAUGAUCUGCUGGAGGUGAUGGAAGGAACGGAGAAGCGCCCCGAGAACGACCCGGAGAAGAGCCCGCGAACCGGUGGAGGACGGAGUGCAGAAAUUCUUCGACUUGUUGACACGGCUUGAAGGAGCUGACCUGAACUACAGUGACCUUCAAAAGAAGACCA